AUGGCAGAGGUGGCUCCCCCUCCCGCUGACCUCAAGGUCGAGGAGCAAGACCACCAUGAUGUUCUCUCAUCCGCUGAAGCAGGACCCUCCAAGCCCACAAAGCCAUAUCGCUUCCAGCCUAGUCGCUACGCCUACGAGCCACCUCAACCGCCUCCGACAGACCACAAGGUCGAAGAGGAGCAAGCAGCCCAGGCAGCCGCUCAAGCAGCAGGCUACGAGGGACGUCGAAUGCGACGCUUCCUACAGCGACGUACAGUAGACUACAUGGGCGCAUGGAUCCGCUAUAGAGAGAAGCGUCUCUUCUCGCGCAGCACGACGCGCGAUGACUACUACCUCAAGCCGUCUCCACACCACGUCGUUGAUCUCCUACCAUCAGCCGCAGCCCGCUCGCCCGCCUCAGUCGUGGCUCCCGUGCUAGUCCACACAUCAACCAACAAGAUCCGCACACCAGUCAACGUAGUCACAUGGAUGCCCUCAUCACGUCGCCUCCUCACCGGCUCCUCCUCCGGCGAGUUCACAUUAUGGAACGGCUUGACCUUCAAUUUCGAGACAAUUCUACAAGCCUGCGAUCACGGCGUCCGUAAUCUCGUCUGGUCGUCUACGGGAAACUUACUCCUCUCAGGAGAUGCAGGUGGUACCGUGAAAUACUUCCUCCCUAACAUGAACAACGUGCUUGCGAUUGAGGCGCACAGGGAGAGUGUGAGAGGGCUGAGCUUCUCGCCUGAUGAUCAGAGGUGGGUGAGCGGGUCGGACGACUCGUCGAUCAAGAUGUUCAACACCGAGAGGGGAGUGGAGGAGACGACGCUCAAGGGGCAUGGAUGGGAUGUCAAAUGCGUGCAGUGGCAUCCGUUCAAGGGCCUCAUCGCCUCGGGAGGAAAAGACAACCUUGUCAAAUUCUGGGACCCUCGUCGCGGCGGCCGUGAAAUCGGUACCUACCACGGCCACAAGAAUACGGUACAAGCCCUCUCCUUCUCCCCUGCGCACGUCUCCUCAUCCGAGAUCCUUGCAACUGCGUCGCGCGACCAGACGGUCAAGCUGUACGACCUGCGCAUGAUUCGUGAAGUGGGGACUCUGCGCUCUGCUGCGGGCACAAAUGUGGAUAGGGGAGCGGAUCGACCUGGUGGCGGGGAUGCUGGCGGAGGCAGCGCAAAUGGUGGUGUCUGCUCUUUGGCUUGGCACCCUCACGCUCCCUUGCUCUCCUCGGGCCUCUCGACUGGAGCACUUCAGCAUCAUUCGCUCGCCCCAUCUGCCAACCCGGAGCUGCCCAUCAGUACAGUCGCUGCAGCGCACGAUCAGAGCAUCUGGGCCAUGAACUGGCAUCCCUUGGGCCAAAUUUUGGUCACUGGGGGCAACGACUGUUUGACGAGGUGGUGGCAGAGGGAGCGAUUGGAGAUGGGGGACUUGGUGCAUCAGAGCGCAGGGGAGGGGGUGAACGGGGAUGGAGCCGCGGCCUUCGCUGGCGGAGGUGGUCAGGAGGCCAGCUUCGCAGGCGGGCUGCCAGGCAGACGCCGACCUGCAUACGAUGCGGAUGAUGACGCGGACUCAUCUAUGAGCUUCAUCCCCGGUCUAGGGGGAGGAGCUGCCGCUGCGGCCCCUUCAUCGUCGUCGUUCUCACCCUUCCCUCCAUCCAAUGGUGCCCCGCGUAUGGGCUCAGGCGGUGGUGGACGCGCUCCCCUCCCUCCAGGCUUCGACUCAGGGCGAGGCGGCUGGGGCUCAGGAGGAAGGGAUUCUUCAGGGCCUGGUGCACCACCGCCUCGUCCUCCGCACGCUACAGGGGCGAACAUGGAUGCCGGAGGAGUACGCGAUGUCGGAUGGGGCAGCAGAUCGGGCGGAGCGCCCCCACCUAAUGCUGACGCGGGGUACAAUGCAGCGCCGCCGGGUGGUAUGAACGGAGCGCCUCCUGGCUUCGGCAUGGGAGGCGGGGGAGGUGGGAUGCCGGGCCCACCGCCGUCCUUCAGUGGCGGGCAAGGGGGUGGUCAACAGGCUGGAUCGGGCAGGGCGCCUCCCCCUCCUGGCUUCUUCCAGCAGCAGCAACCUCAACAGCAAGGCCAGCAGUACGGUGGCCAAGGUGGCCUUUACGGAGGUCCACCGCCCCAGCAGCAAGGUGGUCCGUACGGUGGCUACGGCAUGCAAGGCGGCCCAUCCCAGCAGGGCCAGCCUCCGCCGGGUAUGGGAAUGGGCAUGAUGGGGAUGGGAAUGGGAAUGCCGCCGCCAGGAGCAGGAUACGGUCAGCCGCCACCGCAACAACAGCAGCAGCAGCAACGGCCCUCUUCGUACGGUUACGGCGGGCAAGGGGGUGGCGGAUACGGUCGCUAGUUGUUGAAUAUGUUCUGUACAAUGCGGAUGUAAGGAUACAAUUACAGUUGCCUUUCAUGC